AUUCGUAAAUGAAAGAAUGAUUCCACUUCAUGUGACAAAGUUACGUAAUGAGUUCAUAUUGUCUAGUCAGGAAACAUCUUGCACUCUAAAUUCUGAGUGGACUCAAGAUAUAUCGAAGCAAUUCGAUUCAUUUAUUAACCAGCUUUCUAACCGCGCAAGAUACCAGGACCCUUACCCAUCUUUUGAUGCAGAUCGCCUACCGGGUCCUUCCUUUGUUCCAGGUGGAAAUUUGAUGGGUCCUGAGUAUUUCCGGCGCAGAAGAGACGAGAUGGAUCCGUCCUAUCGACCUUCAGGCGCUCGAUUUGAUCCUUUUGGGCCGGUUGGCUCAUACCCAAACAGGUCGCCCCAGCCUCGCUAUCCUCGCCCCAAUCCGGAUUACCUUCCCAAACCUGGGUUUCAUGAUUUAUAUUAA